AUGAAGAUAAAAAACAAAGACACUGUUAUAUAUUGCCCUUCUGAAAUCGCAUUAAGGUCCAAGGUAAUCUCCGAUUCCUUUUUUUUGGGAUGGGAAACACAAAAAAACGAGGUUUUCAUAAUUUCCGCUUAUGACCGUGAAAACGAAAGACAGAUUCGUUCUGCUCUGAGCAAGUUAAACGGGGAAAUCAAAUCGAAAAAUGGACAUCAGGCAGACAUUGAAUUGGUUAAGGAGAUAAAUUUAACCACAGGGUUGAAGAAAUACCUGUAUGACUGCAAUGUGUCCUCAAGAAAAAAAGACGAUGGAACAGAAGGCGUUGCUAUGUUUACGUACAACUAUCUGUCUUUUCUUCCAAUCAUAGGAAAUCCUACGGACUCUUUGGGUAUAAACCUUAAUUGCAGCAAUUAUAUCUCAUCUGAUUCAAAAUCCGAACUACUUAGAAAGCUCGCAUUAUCAGCUAGUGUUAGGGCAUAUAUGGAUAUACUAUUAUCUGAGAUUGACAAACAAACGAAUGGAGAUAGUCGAACUAGAGUGAAUCUAUAUUCUCUAAUCCACAAAAUCUUAUUUCUCUUCACAUGCUACUUUAAAGAAUUUGCUAUAAUGAUUUCUAAAGCAGUAUCUUGGAUAAGUUUAUAUUUAAAAUGUUUAAAUUGUGACAUUAGUCCGGUAAUAAGUUAUUCUAGUUUUUUGACGUCACUCUCAAAUCGUUUGAAUGAUAUUUCAGGGUGGAAGACGGCUCUUGAAAAGUUGGAAAUAGAACCAAAUACAAAUAAUUACUUAUCUAUGAGAAAUAAAGUAUGCAAUCAUAUUGCAAGAUUCUACUUGGAUCUUAUGACCGGAAUUUUCACAUUCAUAUUCUUCAGAAAUAUUGCUUUAGAGGUGCUAUUCAAAUUACGUAGUAGCUUAAAGGCCUAUUAUUUUAGAACUCUAAAGUUAUUGUUUUAUUUUACAACAAAAAGAAUUGGUAUAUAUUGCAAACUUAAUAACGAAAUUGGAAUGUCACUGUCUAAAUUUCUUGUUAAUAAGAUUAAUCUCUGGUAUUUGAUAAGGCCAAAGGCAAAAUUGAUUGUAGCGUUUCUGUUAAAAACAUUGCAAUACUCCUCCAUAUUAGGGACUUCAAUGCAGUUUUCACUGUUUGUUGAUAUUUUUCUCAUUGAGACCUUGCAUCUAAUUUACAUUUAUGUAAUAAUAUUGUCGAUUAUGAAUUACACUCAGAAAUACCUUUACUCUCUCUUAUAUCUUUUCAAAAGAAAAAAAUGGAACGUACUCAAGAACACACUUGAUACAAAUAAUUUCACAAAAGAGGAACUAUUCAUAGGAAUCGUUAUAUUUACAGUGUUCGCUCUCAAUUAUCCUACAAUUUGGAUUUUUUACGUCUCUAUAAUUUUAAUUGUGUUGCCAAUUUUAGUUACAAAAGUGCUUAUGAUAGUCAUCACUGAUAUAAUUGAGAAAAUACCAGUAUAUUCGCUUUUAUGUAACAUACUUUUUCCAAACAUAAUCAAAGAAAGUAUAUAUUUCGAACAUAGCGUCGCAGGGAAAGAUAAUGAAAAUGUCAUUGCUUCCCAGGUAUUAUUAAUAUAUAACUAUAUUUAA